AUGAUGAACAAAUUCUCUUUAAAAACUAAAUCAAUCUUUUAAGGAUUAUGCAAACUUAAUGCAAAAUAGAAUUAUCAGUUCUGUUGGUAGAAUAGAUUCCCAGAGGUUUAUGCUAAAAUCAUAUUCCCAGAAAUUAUUCAAACUAACUAGACAAGUAGCCAAAAUAGAGUAUUUGUAACAAAGAAGGUUAAUGAAUAAACUGUUUCCAACAGCUUCUAAUUAGAUCAACUCAAAAAAAAUAAAGCUGAGUGGGUUUAUAACUCUAAUGAAUUGUAAACUCUUAUCAACUAUGUUGGUAAAGAAGAAAAGGAAGGAGAAAAUACUGCUUAAAAGGAUUAAGAUACUUUGAAUGCAUUAAAGCAAAAAUAAUUAGAAUCUUUAGUUGCCCAAGGCUCUAAAAUUGCAAGAUCUCUUCAUGCUCGUAAAAUAACCGAAAGCGAUAUCGUCUUUGAUGCUGAUCUCACUGCUGAAGAAAUUUAACAUUAUCUCAAAGGAUUUUUACUUGCAAAUUACAAAUUCAAAAUGAAUGGAAUUGAAGAGGAUAAGUUGACUGAAGAAGAAAAGAAAGCUCUUUUUAAGCCAAUUUCUAAAAUAAAUGUUAAAACUGACAAUAAUCAAAUUUAGCUUACUGAUGAAGACUUCUAGUUUGUUUAAAAAGCUGCUUAUUACACUUUAUAUGCAAGAUAACUUGGAAAUUUGCGUGCUGAUAUUGCUAACACAGAAUUCUUUUUAAAGGAAUGCAAAAACAUUGUUGCUGCUAAUCCUGGAAAAGUUAUUUUGGAAUAUUUAAAGGGUGAAGAGUUAGUUGAGCAAGGUCUUAACCUAGCUCAUGCUGUAGGUAAAGGUUCAAAGAAUCCUCCAAUUGUAGCAAAUUUAACUUACUUCGGUGAUUAAUCUCGUCCUAAUGAAGUAGAUAUUGCUUUCAUUGGUAAAGGUGUCUGUUUUGAUGCAGGUGGUCUCAACAUUAAACCAACUGGUUUUAUGGAAACUAUGUAUAUGGAUAAAGGAGGUGCUGUUGCAACUUUGACUUCAUUUAGAGCUGCUGUAGAACUUGGUUUGAAGGUCAAUUUAACUGUUACUAUUGGUUUGGUUGAAAAUUUCCUCUCUAGCACAAGCUAUAGACCUUCAGACAUCAUUAAGAGUCAUAAAGGUUUGACUGUAGAAAUUGGCAAUACUGAUGCAGAAGGAAGAUUAGUCCUUGCUGAUUGCAUGAGCUGGACUUAAUAAAAACAUAAGCCAAAAACAAUGAUUGAGUUAUCAACUUUGACUGGAGCUUGUGUUGUUGCUCUUGGAGAAGAAUAAGCUGGUUUGUUUACAAAUGAUGAAGCAUUAAGUAAGGAACUACAAGAAGCUAGUAAAGUUAGUGGUGAUAGUCUAUGGAGACUCCCAAUUACUGAUGCCCACAGAGAAGCUAUGAAAGGUACAUACAGUGACUUAAAUAAUUCUGGCAAAACUAGAUAUGGAGGUGCCUCUUAAGCAGCUGCUUUCCUUGAAAGAUUUGUAGAAAAGGAUGUUAAAUGGGCUCAUAUUGAUAUUGCUGGUCCUGCAGAAUCAAAAUCAGAUAAAGGAUAAUGGACAACAGGUAUGACAGGUUUUGGAGUUUAAUUACUUCUUCACUAUUUAAAAAAUUAGCAAAAGAAAUGA